GAGGUCGUAUUUAAGUUGUGCUAUUCCAGCUAAACCAUUUUCGACAUUUGUGCCCAACUCGAAACCAUUUUCUAAACAAUGUUAUCACUUCUAGUUUUGCUUGUUCUAUGCCUAACUCUUCCUUUGAUUGUUUUCUUCCACAAACAUAGAACCAUUAGACCUCAUCAUAUACCUGGUCCCAAAGGCCUUCCUAUAAUAGGGAAUCUUCAUCAACUAGACAUUUCUAAUCUUUAUCUACAAUUUUCUCAAUUCUCAAAAAUAUACGGUCCUAUAUUUUCACUUCAACUUGGUUUAAGACAAGCUAUUGUUGUUUCUUCAGCUGAAAUUGCCAAAGAAGUAUUGAAAAACAAUGAUCUUGUGUUUUCCAAUAGACCUGUAUCAUAUGGUCAAAAGAUAUUGACUUAUAAUGCGUCAGAAAUUGUAUUUUCUCCAUACAAUGAACUUUGGAGAGAAAUAAAAAAAAAUUGUGUUGUUCAUAUAUUUAGCUCUAAGCGUGUAUCAUCCUAUUCCUCUAUAAGAAAAUUUGAGGUGAAGAAAAUGAUCCAAAAAAUUUAUGAGCAUAUUGAUUCUUCAGUUUACACAAAUUUGAGCGAGUUAUUGAUUUCACUUUCAAGUACUAUAAUAUGUAGGAUUGCUUUUAGAAGAAGCUAUGAGGAUAAUGGAAUUGAAACGAGUAAGUUUCAUGAUAUGUUGCACGAGUUUCAGGCUUUGCUGGCAGAAUGUUAUUUUUGUGAUUAUAUUCCAUUUAUGGGUUGGAUUGACAAACUAAGAGGAUUGCAUGGUCGUCUUGAAAGAAAUUUCAAGGAGUUUGAUGAAUUAUACCAAGAAAUUAUUGAUGAACAUUUGGAUCCAAAUAGACAACAUGAUGAUGAUGAGGAUAUUGUUGAUGUCUUACUCCAACUCAAGAAAAGUCGUUCAUUUUCUUUUGAUCUCACUUUUGAUCACGUCAAAGGGGUUAUUACGGACAUACUUGUAGCGGCAACAGAUACCACAUCAGCCACAUCAGUGUGGGCUAUGACAGCACUAAUAAAGAAUCCAAGAGUAAUGAAAAUAGUACAAGAAGAAAUUAGGAGUUCAAGAGUUAAAAAAUAUAUUUUAGAUGAAGAUGAUAUUAGAAAUUUUCCUUAUUUGAAAGCAGUGAUAAAAGAGACACUAAGACUAUAUCUACCUGCCCCACUACUUGUGCCAAGAGAAUCAAGUGAAAAGUGCACUAUAGGUGGCUACCAAAUUCCAGCAAGGACAAUAGUGUAUGUGAAUGCUUGGACUCUUCAGAGAGACCCUAACAUUUGGAAAAAUCCGGAAGAGUUUUAUCCUGAGAGAUUCUUAGACAAUUCUAUAAAUUUUCUUGGACAAGAUUUUGAACUAAUUCCCUUUGGAGCUGGUCGUAGAAUUUGUCCGGGAAUACCUAUGGCAGUUGCAUCAUUGGAACUAAUCCUAGCUAAUCUUCUCUAUUCAUUUGAUUGGAAAUUGCCAGAUGGGUUGCUAAAGGAAGAUAUUGAUACUGAAAUGUUGCCGGGGAUCACUCAACACAAGAAGAAUCCACUCUGCCUUGUUGCCAAAAUCCCUAUGUAGGUGCAUCUCCUCAAAGUAACUAUUUGUUGGUUUCUUGUUUGAUAUGCUAUUUUUAUUAGUCUUUUAUGUUGUUUUAAUCUUUCAAUUUGAAAAACAAAUAUAUAUACUUUUGUUACUUAUAUCAAUUUGGGUUUUGAGACAUUAAUGUUAUGCAAAAAUUCUUGGGGCUUUGAAUUUCAAUUUUAAUAGCAUCUCAAGUAAAA